AUGCCUACCGUAGGCUUCCAGCAAUCUUCUCAGCUAGGGCCCCCCCGGUCCUGGCGGUGCGGGCUUAGGCUAGGUCUUAGUUCCAUCCCGAACGCAUGGAUCGCCAAGCGCCCCGUGCGCCGAAGGAAGGAUUUGCCGCAGCUGCUCCGGUACUUUGAGCUCUCUGGACGGCUGCCGCGUUGUCAGAGUGCUAAUACCGCAUUUUUGCCGCCGCUAGAUGGAUCUCCUGGCCUGGGAGAUUUGCGGCGAUUUGAGCCUCCUGCGUCGUCAUUGCUUUUUUUCCUUCUCUGGCUCGCCUGGAAAUGGCCGGCUGCCACGUUUCUUAGGGGACCUCCAUUUGGGAGCCUUGGAAGCAUGCGCGCCACUGGCGUCAUUCCAGCUUUCGCAAUAGGGCGGCCGCUCAGCUCAGAGACUCUGUUGGGAUUAGGCCAGUCCGAGUUGGGGCAAUGCUGCCAUCAGGCUGAAGUUUGCCUCUCCCAGCUGCCCUUGCUGGUUUACAUAAAGAGAGAUGCCGUGGACCUAGGCUUGCAAACCCUGUUGUUUGCGGUUGAGCCUCCAUGUUCCGGUACCUGCUGGUGCACUGCUGGUGCUCUCGACAGGGCUCGCCAAACCUCAAUCCCAGGUCGACAAUCCCAGACCCCCCUCCAAAUCGUGGCUGUUUCGCCGUUGCCGCUGAUCGCUCACGGCCGUCUCGGCUGCUGUUUGUUCAGCGCUGCAAGGCCGCUGCAGGGCCUCUCAAGCUCUCAAGCUCUCGGGCCCGCCGCCACGGUGCCAGCAACUAAAAACGAAUCCACCCUGGCGAAGCUCCCACUACCCCACGUCAACGUCAAAAAGCUACGGCAUCCAUCCCCAUCGCCCGUCUUAUUGUCCACUAGACUGUAUGGCGUGUAUGUGUCGGACCUCUGGCCAUCCAUCGACCCUCCUCCAUCAUCUUCCCUGGAGCGAAAAGCUUUGAUGCUAUCUGAUCUGCUCACUGAUCUUCGAGUCUGCAGAGGCGGCCUACGAAACCCCUUUACGCCUGCGGCCCACGGCGGCUCUUGA